GUGAAGGUGACGAAGUAGAGAGAUUGUGAUAAUGAGGCCAGUUUUUUGUGGGAGUUUUGAUUAUGAAACACGGCAAUCUGAUCUUGAACGCUUGUUUUCUAAGUAUGGGACUGUUGAUAGAGUUGACAUGAAAUCUGGAACUCCGGAAAGUGUAUCAGUGCAUGUACUUCUAUGCAAGAAACACUUUUCUAACAAUGCUAUCCUUCAUGCCUGCUAGCCUGCUCAUCAGAACAUAUGCAUUUCCUUCUUUUCAACCUUUAUACUGCCUGCUCAGCCAUGCCAUGCUUUCUCCUUCUCCUUCUACUACUCAUAGAUGGAUCAGUGUUUCACAGUCUCAUGCUAAUGACUGAAAUUGGCGAAGCAUGCACAUCAGUAACUUCUCAGUUCUGAUUCAUUGGAUUUAGCUUUUAGACUAUUAUCAUCACUUAAGACAUCAUGCAGCGCUGCAAAAUUGUUGAACAUCCUUUUGCAUCCACCUUCUCCGUACUUGCAGGGUUUGCUUUCGUAUAUUUUGAUGACGAGCGUGAUGCUGAAGAUGCCAUCCGGAGCCUUGAUAAUACCCCAUUUGGUUACAGUAAGCGCAGGCUGUCAGUGGAAUGGUCAAGGGGAGAACGCGGUAAUCGUCGUGAUGGAUCUAGAUCAGUGGCAAACCAAAGGCCUACUAAAACACUGUUUGUAAUAAACUUUGACCCAAUAGAUACAAGGAUCCGAGACAUUGAAAAGCAUUUUCAGCCAUAUGGUAAGGUAUCGCAUGUCAGAAUCCGAAGGAACUUUGCAUUUGUUCAGUUUGAGUCGCAAGAAGAAGCAACUAAGGCUCUUGAGUGCACUCACAUGAGCAAGAUUUGUGGAAGGGUUGUCUCGGUGGAAUAUGCACUUAGGGAUGACAGCGAGCGUGGUGGUGAUAGGCGUGAUAGUCCCAGGAUAGGAAGGAGGGAAGAUAGCCGUUCUAGAAGUAGAAGUCCGGUGCGCCGAAGAAGUAGACCAAGUCCUGAUUAUGGACGGGCACACAGUCCAGUAUAUGAUAGAUAUAAGGGACCGUCGAGCAACAGGGAUCGAAGUCCUGACUACGGGCGAUAUCCAAGCCGCUCACCUGUUCGGCGCUCGUCUGCUAGUCGCUCACCAGUUGGACGUCCUCGUUCACCUGCUGGCCGCUCACCUGUUCGCCGUACUCGUUCACCUGUUCGCCGUACUCGUUCCCCUGCUGGCGGCUCACCAGUUCGCCGUACUCGUUCCGCUCGCCGUUCUCCAAAUGACCCUUCACCUGCUGGCGGUUCUCCAAAUGGCCGUUCACCAGUUCGUCCUGACGACCAUUCACCUGUUUCAAGGUCAAGUAGCUGAAGAUAUCAGCAUUGGAGGAUACCCUUUUUUUAGUAGUUGUUGCAUCAGUAGUGGUGGUAGUUUCCGAGUUUCGACUUUAUUUUGUUAAUGUCUCUGUUGAGUGUCAGUUUUAGAUGAAAAAGUAGUAGUUCUGGGCUCUGAACUUAGUGCUUCCAUUUUGAAGUAAAUUAUUGAAAAAUGGUGCCUUCUUUAUUGAGGAUGUUUAAUGAAUAUUGCAACAUCCUGUUGAGUGUAACAAAGUGACUUGAUUCUGCAAGACAUUAUUAGUGAAUGCAGAGUAGUAAAAUCUUUAUGUGCA